AUGUCAGAUACUCGAGGUGCGCGGCAGGCGAGGCCCACUCGACCCGUUCGGUCCACGCGUGCUAGGAUCCAAACGUAUCAUGAAGAUAGCUCUUCCGAAGAAGAAAUUGGGCCAUCUCAAAAUCUGAGCGUACAACCACCCACGAACCAACAAAUCUCUCUUCGUCCGCGAACUGCUACUGGGAAACGGCGAGUUUACCGUGAAGAGACGUCAGACACGGAUUCCAGUCUCUCAUCUUUCGAAAGCGAUCCAAAUGAGGAAGUUGGCGAGCAACUAGUCCAGUUGUCACAGUAUCGACGCACAUUGCCCAGACGUGCAGUGAGAGAGACGAGCUCGAAUGGCCCUCCCACAGUCGCCACCCGACAUGCUGAGGGCAGUGGACCUUCCAACGCGACUCGAUCCAAACGAAGGGCGACUGCAGAACGCAAAAGCACAGGCAACAAAGGCAUCACCAAGCCUCCAAAGAAACGCGGACGGCCCUCAGCAAAUGAAAAUGAGUUAAUCAUGCCAGGAGUCAUACCACCGUGGUCAACUCUUCCAUACCAAGUUCUGUUCGAUAUCUUUUUGAGGGCAUCCCAUCCAAUUGUUGACGAGCAAGCCAUGCAGCGAAGCAAGUCAGUGAAAUGGCUCUUGGAUGUCGGACUUCUCUGCCGAAGCUUUUUAGAGCCCGCCCUCGCUGCACUUUUCCAUGCGCCACCAUUGGUCCCACCCUCAAAGAGCUUCGGUCUUCUGUCUCUCUUGUCCCGUCCACAGACAUCGACAGUAAUCAACUAUCCUGUGAAGGUCAAGGAGCUCCACGUGGAGGCAGAGUCAGUGCUGCUAUACAAAGGUGGCCCGCGUCUAGGAUGGUUCAAUUUGUCGGAACUUAUCGCUUUAGUGCCAGAAGUGAAGUCCAUCCGCCUGUUCCACAAGGACGACCACACUAUCGGACUCCCUCAUUACCAUGUGAGACUGUCAAAAUGGCAAUAUCCGGAAUCCUUGUUCCAUGCGAUGGAUGAAAGUGGCACAACUCUUCGUCAUUGGGACUGGAAUGGCCGCUUUAUGGACAGCCAGGAUAUUCUGCCCUACAUGUUUGAGAAACACCAGCGAGCGUCCUUCCAGCAACUCAAGCAUCUCCGACUACUCCAUAUCGGCGUUUCAUCUCCGGUAGAUGUACCUGACGGAGUCGAUCCUGUUUCUAGAGUGGUGAAUCAACUUCAGCACCUCCAGACCUUGGAACUUAUCGAAUGUCCUUGUGUCGACGGAAAGAUGAUGUCGGGGUUGCCAAAGACCCUUCGGUCUCUGACAAUCACUAAUUGCGAUUCUGUUUUCUCGUCCUGUAUGGAUGCUUGUCUAAAGGCCUGCGGCCAAGGCCUUCAAGAGCUCAAUCUCCGCCACAACCGUCACCUCAAUAUGUCGUUCGCCACCAAUCUUGCUCAUUAUUGCCCGAAUCUACAGACUUUCAGGAUGGAUAUUUCAAUCCGCGACUGGUCGAGCUACCACGAUACCGAACCUCAUUUUGAUGUUCUACUUGCUGAGCAAGAAAAACCGACCUGGCCAGGCGCGCUUCAGGAAAUCGAACUUUUGCAGCUAAGGAGACUCACUGGAUCCACCGCAGAGUCUUUCUUUGUGUCAUUGGUCGAUGCGGGGCCGAACAUGCCUGACCUGCGGCGGCUCACCAUUACAGCGAUGGUGAAGCUAAGCUGGCGGGACCGAGCCAAUUUUCGCGAGAAGUGGAUUCGAAACCUCGAGUCCACUUUUCAACGAUACAGUGCGCCGCCCGACCCUAAUCGUCGUUCUCUGCGAAAACGCACCCUCAAACCAUCUCAACCAGCUGGUAACAAUGUAACGGUUCAACAAAAACCUGGUGACUGUGAAAGUUCAGCGGCAUCCAAGCGCCAAAGCAGUCGUCUGGCCCAACGUAGGUAUUCGGCAUCGCAUCCACCCCAUCCGCAAGGCCACGAACACAUCCGGCAGGGCAUGUGCGAUGUAGUCAAUAUUCGCAUUGACAAUCAGCGACCCACUGAUACGCAAUUCAAGGAGACAGACUUUCUCGAUGAUGAACUAAGUGGGGACGAAGACUGGACUGGCGAUGACUGGGAACCCGCCGAGCGACAUGCGUGGUGA